AUGCAACAUGGUCAAGCGACACGUGGGAGAGUUGGUGAAGAUCGGAGCGUGUUGCGAGUGCAAGUGUCAGCAGGAGAUGACACCGAACGCUCUAUGGCAGGAUUGUGCUCACGGGCGACGGAGGUCUGCGAACAAUCGCGUCAAAUCGACUCGGGCUACAUUUGCUACCACAGCUGCGGUACAUACGCUGUCAUCCUUGAUGAACAAGUGCAGCUAUAG